UUUUCCUUCAUUCCUACUUUCGAGAGAAUACUGAGAGAAUGGCAGGAGAUCAGGAAUUGAAGUUGUUGGGGUUGUGGGGGAGCCCAUUUGUGAUGAGGGCGAGAAUUGCUCUGAACCUCAAGGGGGUGGGCUACGAGUUCUUGGAGGAGGUGCUGGGAACUAAGAGCGAGCUCCUUCUCAAGUCCAACCCUGUGUACAAGAAGAUCCCCGUCCUCAUCCACAAUGGCAAGCCCAUCUGUGAGUCCAUGAUCAUCGUCCAGUAUAUCGACGAAGUCUGGGCCACAGCGGGACCUUCCAUCCUGCCCUCUGAUCCCUAUGACCGUGCCAUUGCUCGCUUUUGGGCCGUCUACAUCGAUGACAAGUUGUUCCCUUCUCUGCGGAAGAUCGUACUAGCAAACGCUGAUGACGAAGAGACAGCCGAAGCAGCAGAUCAAGUAAUUGCCGGACUCCAGUUGCUGGAAGAGGCUUUCGAGAAAUUUUCCAAAGGCAAGGACUUCUUUGGCGGAGAAAGCGUUGGCUGCAUAGACAUUGCGUUGGGAUGCUACGUGGGGUGGAUCAAGGCAGCAGAAAAGAUGGCCGGCGUCAAACUACUGGACAAGGAAAAGUUACCUCUCUUGAUGGGAUGGGCAGAACGUUUCUGCUCGGCCGAUGCCGUGAAGGAGUUGAUGCCAGAGGUCGACAAGCUGGUAGAGCUCGGCAAGGUGCUUCGAGCCAGGCUGAAUGCUGCUGCCACCAAAUGAAAGUAUUCAGCUUCAAGAAGGCAGUUCUGGUGGCAUAAACGCUCGUAGUUUGGAUAAAUGUUGGUAGAGAUGAUAAUAAAAAGAGAACUAAUAAGAUGAACUAGAGUGCUCGUCUGAAAUGUCUUUCUUGAGACGAUAGUGUAAAAUGUGUCAUAUAAUGGUUUGAGACGAUAGUGUGAAACGUCUUAUAUAAUGUCGUUUUUUUUUUUUUUUU